AUAAUAUUUUGAAUAUUAUGUAGAUUUCAGCUGUUUCAACAAUAGUUAAUCACGAACGUAUACUGGCUUAUGUAUUUAGAAACUAUACACUACCAUAUGGAGUAGAAAGUCAGUAUAUGGGAUCAUAUAGACAUAAAUUGUGGGAAGCUGUAAGAGCUUCAGCAGCAGCUCCUAGUUACUUCGAGGAAUUUAAGCACGGCGAAUAUUUGCAUCAAGAUGGAGGAAUUAUGGUAAAUAAUCCAUGUGCAAUUGCAAUACACGAGGCAAAACAGCUGUGGCCAAAUACUCCAAUUCAAUGUGUUGUUUCCUUCGGUACUGGAAGGACCCCAUAUAGUAUUACUGGAAACGAUGACAUCAAAGAAGUGACUAGUGUCUCAAGUUGGAAAGAGAAAUUCUUCAAGAUUCUAGAUAGUGCUACUGACACUGAGGCUGUGCAUACAAUGUUAAACGACCUCUUACCAGAACACGUUUACUUCAGGUUUAAUCCCUAUUUAACUGAAAUGUUAACUAUGGCAGAGAUACGCCCUGACAAAAUUGCGCAGCUUGAACAAGACUCGGCAAUGUAUAUACGGAGAAAUGAAGAAAAAUUUCAACAGGCUGCGAAGGCCUUAUUACAAGAAAAGAAAAUAUCUCAGAGAAUAGUUGAUUGGGUGAAACUUCAGAGUCAAGUAAAAGGUUUAUUAUGAUAUACGAAUUUGUAACCAACGAAGAUUUGUAAUUAUAUCUUUUAUUCAAUAUUAGAUAAACAUUAGUAUCACAUUAUGGAUUUCAAUACCUAAUAAAACAUACUCGAUAGAA